CCGCCUGCUAGGGUUUUAUGGUUGCCGCCGCGACCAGACCCCGAGCAGCAGCCCUUCAUCGCCUCCGCCCCUAUCCCACAGCGCGGCCGCCCGUCUCGCUCCUCCCCGCCCUUCUCCCGCGGCCUCCACGACACGCCGCCGAGCCGACGCGCGGAGCUCAGAAGAGAUCCAUCCGGACCGCGGUUGCUUCUCUCGGUUGUAUCAAUUGUAUAUCUGGACUCUGGAGUUCUGUUACAAACUUGACAUCGUUGAUCAUAUAUGGAGUCCCAGAAGAGUUGUUUUUUGAUCACUUACUCUCCGGAGAUCAUAGAUGGGACGCCUUUGUAUGUUUCAUCUAACUGCCUGCCUGUAAAAGCUUUGAAAUAUGAACCUGCUGGUCAUUCGUUCCAUGCUGCGGCAAUGAAGCUUCGUGGUCUUUGGGAGCAAGAAGACACAGAAACUGAUGAUCGCAGUGUUUCAUCGGAUGACAAAAGCCAUGAUUUCUCUGCUGCUUCUGAUACCUUUAGCAGCAAAGGAAAGAAGAAGUCUUCUGGUAGUCAACAACAGGAUCACUAUGCAUUGCUUGGGUUGGGGCACUUGCGGUUCUUGGCCACUGAAGAUCAGAUUCGGAAAAGUUACCGUGACAUGGCUCUUAAACAUCAUCCAGAUAAGCAGGCUUCUCUGAUUCUUGCAGAGACAACAGAGGAAGCAAAACAGGCGAAAAAAGAUGAGAUAGAGAGCCACUUCAAGGCCAUUCAGGAGGCCUAUGAGGUCCUCACAGACCCUACAAAGAGAAGGAUUUUUGACUCUACCGAUGAGUUUGAUGAUGAUGUCCCAACAGACUGUGCCCCACAAGACUUCUUCAAGGUUUUCAGCCCAGCCUUCAUGAGAAAUGGACGCUGGUCUGUUAGCCAGCCUAUUCCUUCUCUAGGAGAUGAUGCUACUCCCAUAGAGGAAGUUGAUAUGUUCUACAAUUUCUGGUACAACUUCAAGAGUUGGAGGGAAUUUCCGGAUGAUGAUGAGUAUGACUUGGAGCAAGCUGAAUCCCGUGAACAUAAGAGAUGGAUGGAGAGGCAGAACUUGAAGCUGCAAGAGAAGGCCAAAAAGGCAGAGCAUGCGCGAGUACGGACUCUUGUUGACAAUGCUUACAAGAAGGACCCAAGGAUCCAGAGGAGAAAGGAGGAGGGGAAGGCUGAGAAGCAGAGGAAAAAGGAGGCGAAGUACCUGGCAAAAAAAUUGCAGGAGGAAGAAGCUGCAAGAGUUGCAGAAGAGGAAAGGAAAAGGAAGGAAGAGGAGGCUAAGAAAGCUGCAGAAGCUGUUCUCAAUCAGAAGAAGUUGAAGGAGAAAGAGAAGAAGCUGCUACGCAAGGAGAAAACCCGUCUGCGAACUCUUUCAGCACCUGUAGUUACAGAGAACCACUUUGGUCUGUCAGAAGAUGAUGUUGAAACAGCAUGUGUGUCACUUGACAUUGAACAGCUGAAGAAACUCUGUGACGGUAUGGAGGGUAAGGAUGCAGCUGAGAAAGCCAGAUUGCUGAGAGGUGCACUGAGCAAAGAAAGUUCCUCAAAUGCCUCAAAGGAAGCAAAGAAAACUGAAGCAAAUGGUGUGGAGGGUUCUGCUUCAAAAUCCAACUCUAUGGGAGGAAAAGUGACACAAGGCAACAUAUUGAACAGCUAUGAGAAAAAAGAGAGACCAUGGGGAAAGGAAGAGGUUGAGUUGCUUAGGAAAGCAAUCCAAAAGUAUCCAAAGGGAACUUCGAGGAGAUGGGAGGUUGUUUCUGAGUUUAUUGGGACGGGCAGAUCUGUUGAAGAGAUUCUGAAGGCCACGAAGACUGUUCUUCUGCAGAAACCAGACUCAACAAAAGCUUUUGACUCUUUCCUUGAGAAACGCAAACCAGCGCAAUCCAUUGCUUCACCUCUUUCAACUCGAGAUGAAACAGUUGGUUCCUCAGCUGCGGGAGUUGGGACUGCAUCAUCCAAGGCAGCUGCACAACCUGCAAUCAGCCAGACAGUGAAUGAGAAAACUUCUGCUGAUCCUGUCCCAAAUGGAGCGUCUUCCGCUACAGAUCCAGAUGCUUGGACAGAGGCACAGGUGCUGGCUCUUGUCCAAGCUUUGAAGGCUUUUCCUAAGGAUGCAAGCCAAAGAUGGGAGCGCGUGGCUGCUGCUGUUCCGGGUAGAACUGUGGUCCAGUGCAAGAAAAAGGUUACGGCAAUGAGGGAGAACUUCCGGAGCAAGAAAAGCACGUAGUACAGUGUCAUCGGAAGAACAUUUUGGGAGAAAAGCUAGUCUUUGAACGGCAAUAUUAAUAGAUUGAGCAUCAUGGCUGGUGGUGGCUUGUGCUGAAGGUUUUGCGUGGCAAACCUCUCAUGCCCACCGGUGGUGAGAAUAAUUUUGUUGUUGAGCUGUGACAACUCAUUCAUCCUGCCAGCAGCUUCGUUUUGCGAACUAUUAUUAUUAUUCAAGUUUGGGUCUGCCGAAAGGAGGAAGCCAUUGAAGCUCAUCUACUGUUGAUGGACUAAUGAUUGGCCUUUUCUAGCAAUGGUAUCUGUGGAUUUUGCUUCGGCUCGCUCCUGGGAUUGUCUAUGCUUGGAAGCCAUUGAAAUAUUGCCUGGCACAGAAAAUGUAGAGAACCACAUCUAUUUUUAUUUAUCAACUAAGAUAGAAAUAUUUGUUACAACUGAAAUCUAAUAUCGAAGUGAGCAUUAUUUUGCCUAA